AUAACCAUGGCAAACUCUUUCACCCGCAUGAUGUCUGGCCGUAACACGGCAGUGAUGCUGGCCAGCAUAGGAGCUGGGACCCUGGCGUCUGGAUACCUGCUCAGUGACAGCACUGCUGCAGCAGAGAGGAAGAGGCUUUAUCCACCCAGGUACAUUCAUGCACUUGGAAGGUGUUUCAGUAUGAAACGUGUUUGUCCAAACACUAUGUUGAUAACUUUCUACAGUGCUGAUUUCCCUGACCUGAGGAAACACAACAACUGCAUGGCAUCUGCCCUGACCCCAACCGUUUAUGCACAUCUGAGGGACAAGACAACCCCCAACAACUGGACCUUGGACCAAUGCAUCCAGACCGGGGUAGACAACCCUGGACACCCUUUCAUCAAGACUGUGGGCAUGGUAGCUGGAGAUGAGGAGAGCUACGAGGUGUUUGCUGAGCUUUUUGACCCUGUGAUCAAGGACAGACACAAUGGCUAUGACCCUCGGACAAUGAAGCACCCGACUGACCUGGAUGCUUCCAAGGUCACCUCAGGAAUGUUUGACGAGCGCUACGUGCUGUCAAGUCGAGUCCGCACCGGUCGCAGCAUCCGCGGACUGAGUCUUCCCCCUGCGUGCACGCGUUCUGAGCGCCGCGAAGUGGAGCGUGUGGUUGUGACAGCCCUGUCUGGCCUGAAGGGAGACCUGGCUGGUCGCUACUACAGCCUGGGAGAGAUGUCCGAGAGAGAGCAGCAGCAGCUCAUUGAUGAGCACUUCCUGUUUGAUAAACCUGUUUCACCUCUGCUCACCGCAGCUGGGAUGGCCAGAGAUUGGCCUGAUGCACGUGGGAUCUGGCACAACAAUGAGAAGAACUUCUUAAUCUGGAUCAAUGAGGAGGACCACACGAGGAUCAUAUCCAUGGAGAAAGGAGGAAACAUGAAGCGAGUGUUUGAAAGGUUCUGCAGAGGUCUCAAACAGGUGGAGCAACUAGUUCAGGAGAGAGGAUGGGAGUUUAUGUGGAAUGAGCGUCUGGGCUACAUCCUCACCUGCCCCUCUAACCUUGGCACUGGGCUCAGGGCUGGUGUGCAUAUUCGCCUGCCCUUCCUCAGCAGGGAUCCUCGCUUCAAAAAGAUCCUGGAAAACCUGAGACUACAGAAGAGAGGCACAGGAGGUGUUGACACGGCUGCUACUGGCGACACCUUUGACAUCUCUAAUCUCGACCGUCUGGGCAAGUCAGAGGUCGAGCUGGUGCAGUUAGUGAUUGAUGGCGUAAACUACCUAAUAGAAUGUGAGAAGAGGCUGGAGAGGGGUCAGGACAUCAAGAUCCCCUCCCCCAUCGCUCUGUUCAGGAAGUGAACAUCACCUCUGCUGGGAAUCCUGGUGUAGAGCAGGUGCUCCAACUGCUGGUUGCUAAAAUGUUGGUCUUUACUUAUUUUCAUUGCAUGUAAAACAUAUAGUGGCUUACAUGCACAAUACAUUCAUUACAUUUACAUGAAUUCUAAGCAGAAU